AUGGCCGACGUGGAAAUGGAAAUCGACAACCCCCCCUCCCCCUCCGCCGCCGAGGGAGGAGCCGGUGGCAGCGGCGCCGCCCCGGCGCGUAACGAAUCCGAGAUGCAGACCCACGGCCGCGCGACCGCCGUCCGCUCCAUCGAGGGUUGGAUCAUCAUGGUCACAAACGUCCACGAAGAGGCCGACGAGGAGUCCAUACAGGACAUGUUUGGCGAGUACGGCGAGAUCAAGAACCUGCACCUCAACCUCGACCGCAGAAGCGGUUACGUCAAGGGCUACGCCCUCAUCGAAUACGCAACCCUCGCCGAAGCCCGCGCCGCCAUCGACGGCGCCCACGAGGCGAAACUCCUCGAACAGACCGUCUACGUCGACUUUGCCUUUGUCCGGCCCCCGCCCGGCGGCAAGGGCGGCAACAACAACAACCAGAACAACAUCCGCGGCGGCGCGAGAGCUCAGAACCGCGGUCGCGGACGCAGUCGCAGCCGCAGCGUCGAGAGGGAGGUCGUCGCUGCUAAGGACGGCGAUGACAUUGAAUGA